UCUGAUACUAUAAAAUGCAGCGCGUGGCUAAUUCCUGUCAAAUUGAUCUGUCUGCCUUGGAAGGGGAAUUUCGUUGUAUUUGAUUAGCUAGCAGCUGUAUUUUUAUUCAUUACCCCAGAGAAAUGGCCAAACUUUGCCAUGCGCUUUGUAUUUCGUUGUACUUUGUAGGUGCAUUUGCAAAAUCCGUCGAAGAUGGAAAAAAAAGCGGAAAACUUUCGGAACAGGAGCAUUACAAGAAGGACGGUCAACACAACACGGAAUACGAUCACGAAGCUUUCCUGGGAAAACAGAAGAAAACUUUUGAUCAACUUACUCUUGAAGAGUCCAAAGAAAGACUUGGGAAAAUUGUCGAUAAAAUAGACAAAGACAAAGAUGGGAAAAUUACAAAAGAAGAACUUGGAGCGUGGAUUAAAUUCACAAAGGAUCAACACAAUGAGGAAACUAUUGAUAAAAAGUGGAAAGAUGUCAUUGCAAGAUUACAGAAAGUAAUGUCCCGAAAGGAUGCCUCAUCUGCAAAAACUGUUGAUCCUGAUGGUGCGAUCACAUGGGAGGACUACAAUGAAGUCAGCUAUGGAGGAAAGCCAGAGGAGGAACUAGAUGACAUGUACAAGGGACAAGUAAAGAUAGAAAAACGAAGAUGGAAGAUGGCAGAUCUUGAUCAAGAUGGCAAACUGUCCAGAGAAGAAUUCAGUGCCUUUUAUCAUCCAUGGGAACAUGAACAAACACAUGAUGCAGUUGUACAGGAAACUAUUGAGGACAUGGACAAAGAUAAAGAUGGAGUCUUAUCACUCAAGGAGUACUUAGACGAAGUGCACCCAAGGGAUGAAAAAGACAUGACAAAGGAACAAAUGGCCCAGAGGAAAGCAGAUGAGAACUAUUUCCAUACAAACCGUGACAUAAAUAAGGAUGGUGUGAUGGACAAGGAGGAAGUCAAGGAAUGGAUGUUUCCUUCAAAUUAUGAUGCUGUCAAAUCUGAAGUGUCUCAUUUAAUAUACCAUGCUGAUACUGAUAAGGAUACAAUGUUGACAAAGGAAGAAAUUCUCAACAAUCAUAAGUAUUUUGUUGGAAGCAAAGCAACAAAUUAUGGCAAAGAUCUGACCAGACAUGAGGAGUUUUAAACUUCCACCAAAGGAGAUUUUUGUAUACAGUUUACCUGUGCUAGCUCAUUUGCCAAAGUCUAUUUUUUUUUUAAAAAAGCUACAGAUUUCAUUACAUGAUACAGUUAUAACUGCUUUUUAUGCUUGGUUUUAUUUUAUUGAAUUUAAGAUAUGAAAAGAGUAAAAAAAAAAUAGAGAAGCUGUUUUUUCAAGAAAAUAUAAAAUAUGUUGGAAACAACUUCAAUAAUUGAAA